GGGAACGCAAGGAGUGAAGUUGUGCGAAUUGUUUUGUUUUGUCUACUUAGUAGUUCUUCAGGUUUAAAUAAGUCAUUACGGUGGUUUAUUAACUGUUUAAUCUUUGUGAAAGUGCACAAAUGUGGGACAAUGAAACAAAGCCGCUGGAUGUAACUUCUUGGGAUCCUCCAAAAUGUCCACUGAUAAAAUCUCAGUAAAUGACCACCAUUUUACUAAGAUUAUAUUUCAUCCCAUAUCAUCUCAUUUCAUUUAAUUUCAUCCCAGUUGAUUAAUGUCUCAAAUUAAUCAUCUUCAUUUCAUUUCACUCCAUAUUAUCAUUUUUCAUAAAAUUAAGAAUAUAAAUUAAAAUAAGACAUAACUUAAAAGUCUUAAUUACCAGGUCGUAAAAUCCUUUUAAAAAAAUUUGUGUAAGCGACACAAUAAAUACAUGAAUUUAAAAUAAAAUUCAAUUUAUUACCUAAAAAGUAUUUUAUUAGUGGAAUAAAAAACAAGCUACAAUACUGAGUAAUUACUUUAUAGAACGUACAAUAAAAAAGGAUUUGAGUCAGAAGAAUUGCUAGACAUUGAAUAAUUGUAUUUAGGAAGAAUAUAAGCAGCUGCCUAAGUAUCUAAAGUAAACUUCAUGGAAAACUCGGAAAAAGAAAACAAAAUAACUGAAACCCCAAUGGAAGAUGAAAACAAUGAGGAGCCUGAUUGGCCGCACAUACCGAAAUUUAAGAAACACAAAGGGAGACUUGUGUCAGAAAUGAGAGAACUAAUGUACGGGUAUGCUCAGCACCGUAGAAUGGAUAUAUACAAGAGGCUACUCCAGGUAGAGCUGUGCAGAAAUAUAGCACUGAUCCACGAGGAAAACGGUUACGACUGUAUGGAUGUUGAGAAUCGACCUAGGGGAUGUGCUGUCUUCAAACAUGCAUACAGGGAACGGUACCCUGCGGCGAAUGACCAUUUGAUAUUUCAGAAAAUCAACAGGACCAUCAGAGAUUCUAUGUGGCCUAAUAGACUUGGAUUUUCAUAUACUUUAAGGGACAUAUUGAGAUCAGUGAACCCAAACCAAAUGCAACAGUACAGGCAGAUCGACUACAAUGAUACAGUUUUUACACCCCAGCAAAUAAGGGACAUGGACACUGGACCUUUAUAAAAAACAUAUAAAAAAAAUUCCAAUAAAAAAAAAUUGAAUUCAA